GUAUAUAAAAAGAAUGUUUCUGCCUGGGCACGUUGCAUUUCGUGGAUGUACUUUGAAAAAUGCUAAUGGUAAAUAUCCUGUGGAUCGGUCUUUGGAUCGUUCCUCAGGCAUUUGCCACGGAUUCUUGUGCAGGACAAUCGUUUGGAUAUAGAUCAGCGGACUCAGCAGAUCCUCACUCGUAUUUCCUCUGCCUGGGCUUCCUCGGACAGAUCAAAAACACCUGCCCAGAGGGAUUGCGUUUCAAUGUCCACGACCAAAGCUGCGUGCAUGGCGGCAAGCCAGGUCCUGGCAGUUCCAUUGCAGAAAAGGAAACCACCAUCCACCAGAACGUAUUCAUUGACAGGCCGCUAAUAUUCAAUUUCUUCGGUAACCUGUGGGGCAGCCCUCAAAGGCCAUCUCCCUCACCUUCGCCAUCCCUGCCGCAAGUCCCGAUCUCCACCGAUCAGCAUCAAGGCCCGUUACCCAGCGGAAGUUUGUCUGCCUUACGCGAAGUUAUUUCUUCAACUCAGGAGAACAAGCCCGGCCCUGAUGAGACAGCUUCUAAAUCGACUAAAGUUGAGUCGAGAUGCCGCUUUUUACCCAACGGCUCCUACAUAAGGGACGUGAAGAAAUGCGGAGUAUUCUACGUGUGUGCCAACGGGAUCGCAAUUACUCGAUGCUGCCCAGAAGGUCUCUAUUUCGACACCGAAAAAAGUCUUUGCAAUUUCCCAAGUAUGGUCGACUGCUCUGAGGAAUUCCCUACUAUACCAACUGUACCACCCCCACCUGAGAGAACGACAAAGGCAUCCUCCACGCCACCGUCCUCCACGGAACCCUCACCCACGGAACCCUCUCCGGAAAGUUCAACGGAGCCAAAUAACUCCAGUUCUGAAGAACCAUCCUCCACGGAACCCUCAUCCACGGAACCUUCUCCUGAGAGUUCAACGGAACCAAAUAACUCCAGCUCUGAAGAACCAUCCUCCACGGAACCCUCAUCCACGGAACCUUCUCCUGAGAGUUCAACGGAGCCAAAUAAUUCCAGCUCUGAAGAACCAUCCUCCACGGAACCCUCAUCCUCGGAACCUUCUCCUGAGAGUUCAACGGAGCCAGACAGUUCCAGCUCUGAAGAACCUUCCUCCACGGAACCUUCUCCGGAAAGUUCAACGGAGCCAAGUAACUCCAGUUCUGAAGAACCAUCCUCCACGGAACCUUCUCCUGAGAGUUCAACGGAGCCAAAUAGUUCCAGCUCUGAAGAACCAUCCUCCACGGAACCCUCAUCCACGGAACCUUCUCCUGAGAGUUCAACGGAGCCAAAUAGUUCCAGCUCUGAAGAACCAUCCUCCACGGAACCCUCAUCCACGAGACCAUCUCCGGCGAGUGCAACGAGCCCUAAUGAAGCCAGGUCGAAAGAACCGUACUCCACGGAACCAUCUCCCGAGGGUCCACCUAACACAAAAAAAACCAGCUCUGAAGAACCAUCCUCCACGGAACCCUCAUCCACGGAACCUUCUCCUGAGAGUUCAACGGAGCCAAAUAGUUCCAGCUCUGAAGAACCAUCCUCCACGGAACCCUCAUCCACGGAACCUUCUCCUGAGAGUUCAACGGAGCCAAAUAGUUCCAGCUCUGAAGAACCAUCCUCCACGGAACCCUCAUCCACGGAACCUUCUCCUGAGAGUUCAACGGAGCCAAAUAGUUCCAGCUCUGAAGAACCAUCCUCCACGGAAAGACCGAGCAAGGCCUCCUCCAUGCCCCCCUCCUCCACGGAACCCUCACCCACGCAACCCUCACCCGACAGUUCAACGAAGCCAAAUAACUCCAGCUCUACGGAACCAUCCUCCACGGAACCCUCAUCCACGGAACCUUCUCCUGAGAGUUCAACGGAACCAAAUAACUCCAGCUCUGAAGAACCAUCCUCCACGGAAUCUACUGCGGAAAGUUCAACGGAGCCAAAUAACUCCAGUUCUGAAGAACCAUCCUCCACGGAACCCUCAUCCACGGAACCAUCUCCGGAAAGUUCAACGGAGCCAACUAAUUCCAGUUCUGAAGAACCAUCCUCCACGGAACCCUCAUCCACGGAACCUUCUCCGGAAAGUUCAACGGAGCCAAAUAACUCCAGUUCUGAAGAACCAUCCUCCACGGAACCCUCAUCCACGGAACCUUCUCCUGAGAGUUCAACGGAGCCAGACAGUUCCAGCUCUGAAGAACCUUCCUCCACGGAGCCAUCUCCGGAGAGUUCAACGGAGCCAAGUGAGUCCAGCUCUGACGAACCAUCCUCCACGGAGCCAUCAUCCACCGAACCUUCUCCUGAGAGUUCAACGGAGCCAAAUAACUCCAGUUCUGAAGAACCAUCCUCCACGGAACCCUCAUCCACGGAACCCUCAUCCACGGAACCUUCUCCUGAGAGUUCAACGGAGCCAAAUAGUUCCAGCUCUGAAGAACCAUCCUCCACGGAGCCAUCUCCGGAGAGUUCAACGGAGCCAAGUGAGUCCAGCUCUGAAGAACCAUCCUCCACGGAACCUUCUCCUGAGAGUUCAACGGAGCCAAAUAGUUCCAGCUCUGAAGAACCAUCCUCCACGGAAUCUACUGCGGAAAGUUCAACGGAGCCAAAUAACUCCAGUUCUGAAGAACCAUCCUCCACGGAACCCUCAUCCACGGAACCUUCUCCUGAGAGUUCAACGGAGCCAGACAGUGCCAGCUCUGAAGAACCUUCCUCCACCGAGCCAUCUCCGAAGAGUUCAACGGAGGCAAGUGACUCCAGUUCUGAAGAACCAUCCUCCACGGAACCCUCAUCCACGGAACCUUCUCCGGAAAGUUCAACGGAGCCAGACAGUUCCAACUCCGCAGAGCCCUCAUCUACGGAAUCCUCUCCGGAAAGUUCAACCGAGCCAAGUAAUUCCAGUUCUGAAAAACCAUCCUCGAGGGAACCCUCAUCCACGGAACCUUCUCCUGAGAGUUCAACGGAGCCAGACAGUUCCAUCUCUGAAGAACCUUCCUCCACGGAGCCAUCUCCGGAGAGUUCAACGGAGUCAAACAGUUCCAGCUCUGAAGAACCAUUGUCCAUGGAAUCUUCUACGAAAAGUUCAUCCGAGCAAAUUACUCAAAUAAGCUCAUCUAACGAAAAAUUAGCGGAAAGCUCUUCGGUAAUCGAAACGGCAUCAUCAUUGCCCGUCCGUAGACCAAUCGAACCUAUUUCGUUGGCCAACCGUCCAGUUAAUGAUGGUUCCAAGGCCGAGCCACUGAAUUCGGCGGGAAUUAAACAGUCGCCACAUGACCGAGAGCUAGGCACAAUCUCAGAGAGUUCCUCGAAAUUCCAGGCAAGAACAGACUGCAGUUUCUUCCCAACUGGAACCUACUUAAGGGAUCCGACGUCUUGCAACAAAUUUUACGUGUGUGCCUAUGGAAAGGCCAUUCCCCGUCGCUGUCCCAGCAUUCUCAACUUUGACAUCAGGAAGAAGGUCUGCAAUUUCCCCAGCCUCGUGGAUUGCUCUAUUGAUGAUGUUCAAGUCUCCGUCGUCAAGAAGCUCUCGACCGCUAAGAAAGUGGAACAGAAGUCGAUCUUUGACUGCACAUCGCUUCCCAACGGUGAACAUGUGAGGGAUCUGAGUUCGUGCAGCAAAUUUUAUGUCUGUGCCAACGGUCGCUCCAUUCCCCGUCAAUGUCCGAAGGGUCUGAAUUUCGAUAUAACAAGAAAGGUCUGCAAUUUCCCCAGUCGCGUGGAUUGCUCGAUAGUCGAGUCGAAAGCUGCAAAGGCCAGAAGGCAAGGUGGCCAGAAAGUAGCCUAGGCAGGAAACGGUUUACCAGUGAAGUUGUUUAACAAGUUUGAUCUUUAUAUUUUACAGUAUUAUUAUAGGAACAUGGUAAAAGGGUAUCAACAUAGGGUUUAUGGCUAUUCAUAUAUUUGCUGAGUGGGUUACUGACACAUACACAUAAUUUUCAUUUACAUGCACACGAUCUAUCCACUUUCAGGAAGUGUUUAAGUUUAAAUCUCAUUUCGGCUAUGAUAUAUUCAACGAAUAAAGGACCUAUAAACGAA